CACCACCGAACAACAACUGGAGCAGAGUAGUAGUAGGACUCAACAACUCUGUCCUAUCCUCUCCUCUGCUCUCGAUCUUGCCCCGGCCCCGCCUGCUUCUUCUUUCCUGUGUUGGCCGGCGCCGCCGCGCGCGCGAUCGAUGGCGUCGGGCGACAACAAGCCGAGGAGCGAGGAGGAGUGGCGCGCCGUCCUCUCCCCCGAGCAGUUCCGCGUCCUCCGCCAGAAGGGCACCGAGUUGCCUGGAACAGGAGAGUACAACAAGUUCUACGGUGGCGGGGACUACAACUGUGCUGGCUGUGGGACGCCCCUGUACAAGUCCACCACCAAAUUUGACUCCGGCUGUGGCUGGCCCGCCUUCUUUGAAGGACUUCCUGGAGCCAUAACUCGGACGGCUGACCCUGAUGGUAGGAGGGUAGAGAUCACCUGCACUGCUUGUGGCGGGCAUUUGGGCCAUGUGUUCAAGGGAGAAGGCUUCAAGACGCCUACCGAUGAGCGCCACUGCGUGAACAGCGUUUCGAUCAAGUUCACUCCUGCCUCCUGAAUCCUUCUUUCUGAAGUUAUUUGGAUGGGCUUCCAAGAUCUCAAACAACGGAAGCAAAAAAACACAAUAAUGAUUAUGGCCAUAGAAUCCUUUUUUUCAUGAAUUUCCCUGAUCAGAAACUCUGGAAAACGGAUGUGCAAUAUGGAUUAGCUCCUGCCAAAACAUUUGCAUGUAACUGUAGCCGACAUGUGCAUGUUGCUCCUGUUAAUUGGGCUGAACUCUUGUAAAGUUUGCAUCGCCUGAAACCGUUACCUAUAUAUAUGCUAUGCCACCUUCUUAA